AUGAAACAGUGUCUUUAUCAUUCUGAAAUUAUUUACUCAAACAAUCCCAAUUUCACAAUUCGAGAAGAUGGCUCAUUGUAUACAACAAGAGAUGUUUCAUUGACUUCCCAUGAAAUCAUCAUCACCAUAUUCCUUAAAAGCAAUCAUGAACAGGAACAAAAGAAAAUACAUAUUAGUUUGCUCACACAUUCAAAAAAGGUCCCAAUAGCAAAGGCAACACAUUUACGAGAUACUUUUCUUAAACGAACUAAACGGAGAUGGGCUCCUGUCCCAACUAUUUUAAUGGAGAACUCACUUGGACCUUAUCCAAUGCAAAUUCAACAGCUGCUUUCCGACACAUCCGUAACAUACGAUAUCAGAUACUCCAUAAGUGGUCAUGGUGUUGACAAGCCACCAUUUAAUUAUUUCUACAUUGAGGAAGACACUGGAAAUCUCUUUGUUACCUGUCCAAUCGAUCGGGAAGAGUACCCAGAAUUUCAGUUGAUUUGCUAUGCAAUGACAGCAGAUGGAUAUACACCAGAGAUACCGCUUGUGCAUAUAAUUAGAAUAGAGGAUGAUAAUGAUAAUGCUCCAGUGUUUGAGCAGGACGUUUAUACUUUUCAUGUCUUUGAAAACUGUGGGAUUGGGACGCUAGUUGGACAAGUGACUGCAACAGACAAUGAUGAGCCAUACACCUUACAUACUGAAGUGAAAUACAGAAUUGUGUCCCAGGAUCUUCAAAGUUAUCAGAAUUUAAGGGUAUUUGCUAUAAAUCCAGAUUCAGGUUCUAUUACGGUGGUAACAUCACAUCUGGACAGAGAGACAACACCAGAGUAUAAGCUACAAAUUGAAGCAAGAGAUAUGGGAGGCCAGGAUUUCGGUCUGUGCACUACAGCAAAAGUUAUAAUUACAGUUGGAGAUGUAAAUGACAAUGCUCCACAAUUAGAACAAAAUGUGUAUGAAGUGAAAAUAUAUGAAAACGAAGAGAACAUAGAAAUAUUGUGCAUUCCUGUAAGAGAUAAUGAUGAAGCUGGGACUUCUUCAUGGUUGGCUGCAUUCACAAUUAUAAAAGGAAAUGAAGAUAAUGUUUUUUCUAUGAAUAUUGAUCAAGAGAGGAAUGUCGGGUGUUUAGUUGCUUUAAAGGGACUGGACUAUGAAACUUCCAAGGAGAGAAGAUUAGAAAUUGUUGUAAAUAAUGAAGCACCUUAUGUCCUAGCACCAAAUUCAAGACCCCCAUCAAGAAACCCCACCACAAUUGUGAUUGAAAUUAUGGAUGUGGAUGAGGGGCCAACAUUUGCCUCUGAAUAUAUUAUAACUUUAAGGGAAUCUUUCCCAAAAGGAACAGUGGUUGGAAUCUAUCAAGCGUAUGACCCAGAAACUGGAGAAAGCACAGGCAUAAGUUACGGAAUAAUAAAUGACCCAUGCAGUUGGAUCACCAUUGAUGAAACAGGACAGCUGAGCACCACUACAAUUUUAGACAGAGAUAUAUUAAAUGAGGAAUACAGUCAAUGCAUUGUAACAGUCUCUGCAACUGACCAAAGUGGUAAAACAGGUGUAGGGAAAAUUGUGAUAAGCAUCAUGGAUGAGAAUGACAAUUUCCCAGUGAUUACUACAAAGAAUUACACCAUGUGUAACGACAAAACGCCAAUUUGUAUUACGGCCUUUGAUGCUGAUCUACCUCCAUACACAGGACCUUUCCAUUUUGAAAUAGAGACUCAAAUGGGCUUAACAUGGAGGUUAACACCAAAUGAUGAUGAAUCAGCAUUGCUUUCACCCAUGGAAGAUAUUGACUAUGGCUAUUAUAUAAUACCUGUUAGGAUAUACGAUAAUGAGGGUAACAGUGGAAUAAGCGAAAUAACAGUUCACUACUGUGACUGUGAAAUUCCAAGUAAUUGUUCUGAACGCAGCACAGUCGCCGCUCUGGAGCAUGGAGAAAUCCCUGUAGAUCGCGUUCCGUAUCAAGCAGAAUCUGCUUUUGGUCCCUGGGGCAUUGCUGCAACAGUCAUUGGAUCAGUAUUAUCAAUGUCGGGCAUGAUGGUACCCUGUGGUUAUUGGCUCUAUAAAAGAAAUUCAAAUACUGAAGAAGCGCCUGGAGAAGAAGCUGGAGAAGCGUCUAAUAAUGCAGCUUUUGAGAACUUAAUGAUGUCAAACACAGAGGCACCAGGUGAAGAAAUGACAGUUCUAAAUAUACUUCCAGCGAGUACGCUGAAGACAGCUGUAAGCAUGAGCACAGUUGCAGAGAAAACGGGAAAGCAGGAAAGUUUGGAAGUGAUAAAAGGAGCAGGCCAGCACCCACCAGAAUUGGUCAAAGGUGGAGGAAAUACACUGGCAGCAUCUUUACUUGAUAUCAGAGGGCAUCGCAAACCAGAAUUAGUCAAAGGAGGAGGAAAACUCUUGGCAUCAUCUUUACAUGAUAUUACAGGGCAUCACAAACCAGAACUAGUCAAAGGCGGAGGAAAUAUCAUGGCAGCAUCUUUACAUGAUAUUAGAGGGCAUCGCAAACCAGAAUUAUUCAAAGGUGGAGGAAAUCACUUGGCAGCAUCUUUACACAAUAUCAAGCAACCCUUACGGAGUUCCUCCAGAGAUUUGUGCUCACAAUGGCAGGAUUUUACCAAUCCUCAUUUAGCUAAAGUAAGCAUUCUGAUACAGAUUUCCUAUGGUUUAUGUUUGGAUUAA